AUGAGAGAGUUUUCAGGCUUUAUUGAGGAGUUUGAAUUAGUAGACCCACCACUGGGAGGUGGAGUAUUCACUUGGAGUGGAGGGGAAGGAGGUUCCCUAAAGGCUCGAUUAAACCGCUUUUUGUUUUCAAGAAACUGGGAGGACCUUGUGUCGGGGGCAAUCCAAAUUCUUCUUCCAAGACCCGUUUUUGACCAUUGCCCAAUUUUGUUAGACUGCGGUGGUAUAAGAAUAGGUAAAAGCUCAUUUAUGUGGCUAAGGGUGAACGGUUUUAUGGAUAAUAUUAAAGAAUGGUGGCGGUCUUACAAUUUUAGGGGGAAACCCAGUUUUGUGCUUGCGAAGAAGCUACAGGCUUUGAAAUACGACUUGAAGAUGUGGAAUAAAGGGACCUUUAGCAAUGUGUCAACUAGGAAGGAUGCAACCUUGGAGAAGUUAAACUAUUUGGAUAGCUUAGAAAGACUUGGAUAUCUAUCUGAUGAAGAUAGGAGUAGUCAACGGAUAGCCAGAGAUGAAUUUAGUCAUUGUGCCAUCCUUGAAGAAAUCUCUUGGAGGCAAAAGUCAAGGGCUUUUUGGCUGAAGGAGGAAGAUAGCAAUACCAAGUUCUUUCACCGUAUAGCUAAUGCAAGUAGAAAGGGAAAUUUUAUCAGUAGCCUGACAGUUAAGGGUGUUCAGCUAGAUAAAAAGGAGGAGCUUAAAGAAGGGAUUAGAUCCUACUUUAAAUCCUUGUUUGAAGAAUCUCUAGUGAGAAUACCUGCUGUGGAGUCAGGUCUUUUUAGAACUCUUUACUCAUUGGAUAAUGAGACUUUGGAGGGGCCAUUUUCGAAGGAGGGGGUUUCCAAAGCUCUCUCAGAUUUGGAGGGAGAUAAGGUGUUAGGGCCGGAUGGUUUUAUGUUGGCAUUCUGGAAUUUUUGUUGGUCUAUAGUUGGGGAGAAGUGA